CCGCCUCGGGGUAGCAUGGCCGUGAGCGCGGCGGCCGCCCCCGCCGCCGAGCCGCUGCCCCGCAGCAUCUUCAAGAAGUUCCUGGUGAUGCUCUGCUCGCUCCUGAUGUCCCUCUACGUCUUCUACUGCCUGGCCGACCGCUGCCAGACGCUGCCCGGCCCCAUCAUCGCCGCCGGUGCCGCCUCGGAGGAGGAGGAGGGCGGCGGCGGCGGGUACCUGGGGGGCUCGGCCGAGCUGCCCCCCUGGCAGGCGGCGGCGGCGCGGCGGAAGCGGCUGCUGCAGCGGCUCAAGCAGCGGCGGCGGCGGCAGGAGGCGGCGCCGGGCGAGGGGGUGCCGGCCGGGGGCGGCGGGAGCCGGGCCGGCGGCUCGGGCGGCGGCGGGGGCAGCGCGGCGGGCACCCCCGGCACCCUGACGCUGCUGCUGGGCGAGGGCACCAAGCGGCUGCCGCAGGCCAUCAUCAUCGGCGUGAAGAAGGGGGGGACGCGGGCGCUGCUGGAGUUCCUGCGGGUGCACCCCGACGUCCGCGCCGUCGGCGCCGAGCCCCACUUCUUCGACCGCAACUACGAGCGGGGACUCGCCUGGUACAGGGACCUCAUGCCCAGGACCCUGGAGGGGCAGAUCACCAUGGAGAAGACCCCCAGCUACUUUGUCACCAAGGAGGCCCCUGCCCGCAUCUCCUCCAUGUCCAAGGGCACGAAGCUCAUCGUGGUGGUGCGGGACCCCGUGACCAGAGCCAUCUCGGACUACACCCAGACGCUCUCCAAGAAGCCCGACAUCCCCACCUUUGAGAGCCUGACCUUCAAAAACAGGACUACGGGCCUGAUCGACACCUCGUGGAGCGCCAUCCAGAUUGGCAUCUACGCCAAGCACCUGGAGAACUGGCUCCUCUACUUCCCCAUCGGGCAGAUCCUCUUCGUCAGUGGGGAGAGGCUGAUCAGCGACCCCGCGGGGGAGCUGGGCAGGGUCCAGGACUUUCUGGGCCUCAAGAGGAUCAUCACCGACAAACACUUCUACUUCAACAAAACCAAGGGGUUCCCGUGCCUGAAGAAGGCGGAGGGCAGCAGCAAGCCCCACUGCCUGGGGAAGACGAAAGGCAGGACCCACCCCGACAUAGACCAGGAGGUGGUGCAGAGACUGCGGGACUUCUACCGGCCCUUCAACAUGAAGUUCUACCAGAUGACGGGGCAGGACUUUGGCUGGGACUGAGGCUGAAAAAAAUAAUUUAAGAAAAGGAAAAUAUAAUAUAAUAUAUAUUUUUUUUACAUAUAAGUAGAGAGGGGGAAAAUACAGAAAAAAAAUAGUUGUGCUGAAACAUGAUUUGUUCUGAUUUUUUUUCUUUUGUCACCUAUUAGUUUUCUUUCUUAUCUGAGAGAUGAGGUGAUGUGUCCGUCUGGAAGAGGAGGCUGUGAACAGCAACCUGGUCCUAUUGACAUCGCCUGCAGUGUGGCUGCUUCCUUCAGUGGGCCCAGGGUUUGGCACUGUCUCUGUAGAAAAAAAUGCAGGUGCAAAGUUUUUAGGUGUCCCCAGGUCCCCCUCCAGAAGUGAAAGAGGUGCUUGGGGGAGUGCAGAGCCUUACUGGAAGGUCAGGCAAAUUUUGGCUGGCAAAUGCCAUUUUAGACCGGACCUCAUCACUUUUGGCAAUGGAACAAAGGAGGUUUAAUAUCUAAUUUGCCUUUCAAAACUUUAUUUAGGGGAUUUCUUUAUUGCAUGAAACCCUUGGUGAAUUUUUUUUCAUUUAUCCCAUUUUUUUUUACUUUUGCCCCCCCCCCCCCAAAUCAAGCUCUUUUCAUCAACCAAACUUAUUUUUCAUCUUACAGAAGCCAAAACCAAUAAUCCUUUGUUUUGUUUUGAGACAAAACAACUUUAGUAGCCAAAAGUGAAAGAAAACAAAUUAUUCUUUUGACUCCAUGAUGAAAAUUGCCAGGUAGUCAAAAGGCCUCAUUCACAGGAGCUGGCUCUAAACCAGUGUUCCCCGCUGCCAGCAACAGGGACUCCCUUCUCCUCCGCUGACAGCAAAGCGCUUUUCCCAAGGGGGCCCAUCUGAAGGGAUCUGAGUGAUGGGCAAGGAAGGUCCACACUGAGGCGAUGUUCAUGGUACGUCUGUCUUGAAGGUGAUGGGGGACCCACCAUCCCACCACUCGUAUGCAGGGAGCAGGUUCACACUGUCUGCUGGAUGCUAUUUAAACCAUAAUGAAGAUUUUUUUCAGUUGGACCAGUCUUAAAAGAAAAGCAGUGGAGAAAGGGUUGUUUGGGGGGGGGGGGGAAUGAACAAAAAUCACAUCCAGAAAGGGGAGAGAAUGAGAAGAUGAUGGAAGUUUUGUUGUCCUUGCCUAAAGGAGAACUGAGGGGGGAGCCAGAGCAAGAGUACUGGUUGUGCAGGGCUUUAAAAAUUGUCAGGCAAAACAAAUCUCCUUUAUCACCUUUUUUGGCUGGUAAAAAUGUCUCAGCGACGGAAAUCUAUUAGUGAACAGAAUCUUGUAUUACCCUGGGCUCAUUUAUCUGCUGGCUCUUUAUCUACAGCAUUUUCUGGACUAUAGGAACACCUAAUUAUCACUUGGUGCUGUAUAAACACAGCAUGAUGAUGCUCUCUCUCUUGAGGCUAACUUUAAGAAGCCCAGAUGGGGUAAAACAAACUAAGUGGGGGAUCACCUGGUAAUCUGGUUAGGAAGAAGCCUGAGGAUCAAGCUCGCUGGCUGCCUGCACACUGGCCAAGAUCUUAAUAAAAUCACAGCAGAGUGGAGAUUUCAAGGAGUCUGAAGAGAAUUGCAUCCAAACUUACAAUUUAACCCAAGAGGGAGUCAUUUCCACCUUGGGCUGUCUUGCUUGACAGCUUAGGGUAACAGCUUGGUGCCUGCUCAACUUCACGGCACCAAGUUCCACUGCAGGUGUUGAGCCACAUCUGCUCCUGGCUGCCCUGAGCCGCCUCCUUCCUACCCAUCCCCCGCCUCCCUCCGUUCCUGAGGAUGCAGGGUCCUGGGACCUUCCUGUCCCCUGGAAACACAAACCUACAUGGAUUUGCAUGCAUGACCCAUUUCCCAAGGUAAUUAAAAUAACUUAAUUAGUGUUGUGAGGCUCCAGGACCUUCUCCCACCGUUGUCAUGCCAAAGCCUUACCUAUGUAAGCUGGUUUACCUGUUUACCUGGGUAAACAUUUUACGUAACUGCCUCCUGCAAACACAGCAGAAAGGCAGAUGAGGGACCACACAGACCCCCAGCAGCCUUUUCUCUUACCUGCCUCCAGGUUCAUGCAAGAGGUGACAUGAGAAAAUCAGAGAUGGUCCAUCAGCUUUGGCUUCAUUGUGUCAUGGUCCCUCCCAGCAUCGCCGCAGCUCAUUGCUGGGGCUCAGGGCUUCUAAAUCAGAAGAAGAUGGAAGAGCAUUGGGCUUUGGGUAACGGUCUUCCCAAAGUGUCACUGGAGAUGAGGGGAGCAAUCUGCUCCCUGCCCAUGCUGGCUGGAUCAAGGGGGAAUGGACUUAAGGUGUAGCCAAAAGGAUGGAGUUAAUUAUUGGGAAAACCUUUCUAACAGCCAGGUUUGUUGGGGCAGGAGUGGGGGAUGGCCGUCACCUCUCCCACGCUGUGCUCUUCUGUCCAAGUGCAAAAGCCAAGCUGGUGGCAAGGACAAGGUGUCACUCAUGGGCACAGCCAAGCAGUGCCAGCACUACCUACUGAGGCACAAAAUCUGAGGUUUUCCAAGCUGCAAAGAACAUUGAGGCAUGCUGUCUCUUUGGUAUUUCAAGGAGACUUAAGGUUGGGCUGAUCUGUAUGUGCCUUGGACAAGCUGUCGUGGUUUCACCCCAGCUGCCAACUCAGCCCCACGCAGCUGCUCGCCCGCUCCCCUCACAGUGGGAUGGGGAGAGGAUCAGAAGGGUGAAAGUGAGAAAACCACGGGCUGAGGUGAAGGCAGUUUAAUAGGUAAAGCAAAAGCCGCUCACACAAGCAAAGGAAAAUGGGGAAUUCGUCCACCACGUCCCAUGGGCAGGAGGGGUUCGGCCACCGCCAGGAGAGCAGGGCUCCAGCACGUGGAACGGGGACUUGGGAAGAGAAACGCCAUCACUCUGAAUGUCCCCCCUUUCCUCCUUCUUCCCCCAGCUUUAUCUGCUGAGCGUGGUGCCAUAUGGUGUGGGACAUCCCUUGGGCCAGUGUCCCCCCCAGCUCCCUGUGCCCCCAGCCCACUCGCUGUGGGGUGGCUGAGGAGCAGCAAAGCCCUGGGCGCUGUGUGAGCGCUGCUCGGCAGUAACGAAACCACCCCUGGGGGAUCAGCGCUGCUUCCAGCACAAAUCCAGAACGCAGCCUCCUACGAGCUCCUGUGAGGAAUAUUAACUCUACCCCAGCCCAAACCAGCACACAAGUAUAAAUAUCACUUAAGAGUAAGAUUUAAAAAACCCCGUAAUUAUAUCGCUAUUGUCUCUCAUACAGUCACAUUCUGACUAGUUUAAAGCAGCUUUAUGGCACUACAGUCUGUUCCUCCCUUACCGAGCCAGCUAUAGCAAUACUUAGCACUUUCAUACAAAUAAGUUUCCACAACUGCCACCAAACCACAGCAUUAAACCCGUGUAGCUUCAACGUGCACACAAACCUAUCGUAUGUGCCUUUAAAAACCUCUUCGCAGCACAUUGAACAUAGCUGCAUAUGCCUACUUCCCCCAAAAUGCUUGAAUGUUUUACUUCCCCUAAUUUCUGAGGGUUUGAAUCCCUUGCUGCACACCUAGUAAAACUAUUUAGGGAUCUGAGACUGUAAUUGAUUUUUUUUUUGAUCUGGGCCAUAAGUAUUUUUGAAAAUCCCUCCACGUAUGAACAAUGGCUUUUAAAAAGAGGUCAUGCAACCAAAUUGCUUUGAACUCUAAUAACAUUUAAGCCUCUAAACUCUUUAGGCUUAUUUUAAAAUGCAGCCAUGAAGUUUAGAUUAUUUUAACCUAAGAAGAAUUGGAAGUAAACUAUUGAAAACCGCACCCUUCCUAGUACUGAGCACAUAUAUUAAGAGGGGAAAGCAAAAGCAGCUAUAAAUAAAAAAGUGACCUGUAAAGUUUGAUUUUUUAAAGCAGAAAAAUCAAUACAUUAAUGAUGAGUAACUAAUUAGGUGUAUUAAAAUUCUUCUGGUUUCAAUAAUCAAAUGUGCCGUCAGGCAUUGAUGAAGCUUAAGCUUAUAUACCAUGCAACAUUUAGAUUUUAGAAUAUUUGUGUUUAAAGGGGGAAAAACCGACCAUUUAUAAAACAGCCUAUCAAGGUCAAGUGCCAAAUUCAUCAUAAGGAAGACGUUUUCAUGCUGAGGGUGGUGAGGCACUGGCACAGGUUGCCCAGAGAGGUGCUGGGUGCCCCAUCCCUGGAAACAUUCAAGGCCAGGUUGGACGGGGCUCGGAGCAAGCUGAUCCAGUGGAAGAUGUCCCUGCUCAUGGCAGGGAGUUGGACUAGAUGGGCUUUAAAGGUCCCUUCCAACACAAAGCACUCUGUGAUUCUAUGAUCUUUGAGCAGAGAGACCUCUCCUUCACCCCCCCACUGCAGCACUGCACAGGCAACUUGGUCAAUGGGCAAUAGACCUGUGGGUUUGCCCAGCACCUUGCCCAGCCCAGCCCCACGAACCGGGCAUCGCAGCCCUGGUGCACAGAAACCACCAGGCACAGGGGUGCUGAGCACAAGUAUUUCCCCCAGUCUUCAAAAAUCAAGCUGGUUUUUAUCCACUGGUGGUGACAUGCCUUGGCACAGGCUUGUAGAGCCCGCUGCAGAAAGGCAGUUAACGUGAGACCUCCCUCCAGCCCGCCGCGGCGGCUUGUAGCCAGACCUGAACUGUGGGAAGGUUCUUUGCGCUGUGUUUCAACUGGCCACACCUGGAAAAUUUCAGAGAAAUGGUUUUUUGCUUUUACCAGCGCACUUUGGCGAGACAAAAAUUGGCCCCUCUGCUGCUGCGAUUCACGUUGCUGCGAUUUCUGGAAGGGCAAGGGCCGGGCUGCUAAGUCCACAUUGUAGUUGGCGCCGAUUUUGUGCCGUGGGGAAUUUAAUCAACUCCUAAGGAAAUGCUGCCACCCAAUAACUUACACAGUUAAAAGGAAUAUAAACACCAAUGUGCCAUGAAGAUCAGUGUACAGGACUCCUCUACGUGGCAUUCGGGGUGGUCUUUGGGGUGCAGCACUAUGAAGUCAAAUUUCCAGCAACGAUUUGGCCAUGUCUACCCUGCACUGAGUGAUUUUGACUAAUACUGAUCCUUAGACUCCUCAGUUCUCCAACAUACACACUAGCAUACACAAUGUUAGGUCUCCGGAUUAGGAAAAAAAAAAUAUUGCCCAUUUUCUUAACCAUUAAAAAAAUUCUUAUUCGUAUGUAACGGUUUCUGGGUUUUCUCUCCUCCCUCCCCUUUGCUUGCUGAUACUGUCAUCCUUCUCCCUUUGGUGCUAUUUCAGUAUGAAACAGACUGAUUUCAAUUUAAUUUAAGAAUGAAAAAGCACACAUUUAAUAAAGUUUACGGGUACUGAGA